AUGUUUUAUGUUUUGGGCUCCGUCGACGAUGCGGACGAAACCGGAAUAUCCAUGUUCCAGCGACGAAGUCAACCUCACGACCUGCAGCAUCGCAAGACGAAGAGAAGACGAAGAGAAGACGAAGAGAAGACGAAGAAUUCAGAAGCCAUUGACAUUACUGCUGCAGCCAUGGCCCGCCACCCAGCCUUAGAGAUACUGACUGAGGGCAGAGUCCUGUACAAACGCGCGCUGAAGCUGUCGCUUGACUGGGCCGUCCACCGCAACCUCUGGCGCGGCCAGGCCGUCUACAUCCGCUCGCUCUUCGAGGCCAACAAGCAUGUCCGGAAUCCUCACGACCAGCGGGUGCGUUAUACCUUUACUCUUUACUCGUUGUUGUUUUUUGGUGGUGGUGGUGGUGGUGGUGAUGGUGGACUAACAGGUGUAGGUCCUGCUGCAAGAAACAGAGAAACUGCUGGAGAAGUGGAAGCAUCCCGACCCUUACCGGGCGCCAACAGCCCCAGGAGGAUCCAAGUGGGAGAGAAACCUGCCUGUUCCCGUGCUGAACGGUGCGUAUAUUUAUAUAUUUAUAUAUAUCUCUGCAUCCAGGAGUGUCACCUACUAACUUUCGCAGAGCCACAACCACAGCAUCUAGCCAAGGUCGAAAACUAA